UAGAAGUGGAAGGAAUGACAGGUAAAUUGAAGAAAUUGACGUAAAGUUGAAUAACCGAACAAAGAAAAUUAUUUGAAAAAAAAGUAUCAAAGCCACAAGUGGCAGGUAUUAGCUAUAAUACAUUUUCAGUGACUUAAUACUUGCUUUCAAUGGCGAGCCACGAAGAGUUGGUUUCACAAUUUACAGAUGUAACUGGUGUUGAACCUGAACGAGCACGAUUUUACCUCGAGUCAUCUGCUUGGCAGCUCGAGGUUGCUCUUGCCAGUUUCUAUGAAAAUGAUGAACCACCAUUGAUUAAUGAAGCUACUGAAAGUACAUCAGAAGAAGAUUACAGAGAUAUAUCAGAAAAAGUUGUAGAAGGUGCAAAGUCAUCAGAAAUGGAACGAAAAUCAGGGAAAGAUAAAUCAACACCAAAGUCUAAUAUUGCAAUGCUUAGUGAUCUUAAGGACAGAGAAAGUAGUCCAGAGGAAGAAGAAGGGCAAGCCUUUUAUGCUGGUGGUUCUAAAAGAAGUGGACAGCAAAUUUUAGGACCAGGAAAGAAGAAGGACAUUGUUAGUGAUAUGUUUAAAUCGUGUCAGAGGCAAUCUAUUGCUGCAGAACCAAAACAAAGUGGACAGCAGAGACCAAAUACUUUUAGUGGUACUGGAUAUAAAUUAGGUCAAACUAGUUCUGAUACUGAAAUUGUUACCGCUACAUCCUCUAAUCAUCAACAAACAAAUUCUGGUCUCAUCACUUUAAAACUUUGGAAAGAUGGCUUUACUAUAAAUGAUUCUGAUCUUAGAUUGUAUACUGAUCCAGAAAGUAGAGAAUUUCUUGAAACUGUGAAACGCGGUGAAAUACCGGCAGAAAUACGUCAACAAAUUCAGGGGACCGAAGCUCGGCUUGAUAUGGAAGAUCAUCGUCAUGAGACGUAUGUUCCUCCGAAAGCUAAAGUAAAAGUGUUUACUGGAAAAGGACAUAUGUUAGGAAGUCCUUCUCCAGCAACAGUUGGUAUGACAAUACCGGCAGAUCUUGCUGAUCAAACAGCAAAUGAAUCACAAGCAAAAAAACAAUUAAAUUUAGAUGAAUCGAAACCAGUUACAACGUUACAAAUUCGUCUUGCCGAUGGAACUAGCGUGAAAGUUCAAUUAAACUUAACUCAUACCAUCAAUGACCUGAGACAGUACAUAAUAGCUAUGAGACCUCAAUAUGCUAUGAGAGAGUUCAGUUUAUUGACAGCUUACCCUACUAAAGAGCUUGUAGAAAAUAAAACUAUUGAAGAAGCUGGUUUACAAAACACAACAAUAAUUCAACGACUGAAAUAAAUAUUUGUUCUGAAUUAUUAGUUAUGGGAGUUUAAGUGAUGUAUGGAAUAGAUGAUUCUUAAAUAUACAUUGAAAUAUUUAAAA